AUGAUCAAUUCCCUCCACUCAUCAAGCUUCGCUCCUACCGUCACUACUCCGUCCAGUGCGUCCACUACGGAUACUCUCACUCAUUUCCAUGACACCGUCGCACAACACGACACGAACUGGAAAAGGAAGCCAACCUUCAUCAAUCACUACAGUUUACGGAUACACGGUGGACGACUGCUACAGCACCGCGAAUCGGCAGCAAAGAGCAAAUGCCGUGAACCACCAUGCGAUACCUUACUCCGUAAAGAACAGCAGAAACAAGCAAACACGUACGCAAACACGCAAACAUCCCACACCAUCUGCCGUCGAACAGCCUCGCACUCUCUGGUCGCACUUUGGCUUCGGAAACUCGAGGCUGGCGCUGAUCUUGCACACAAAUCAUUGACCGCCCUACUCCGUACUCUGCAACGCGCAGCACUCACUCUCUCUCGCGCUCGCCUUCACGUGCCUGUCCUCGUUCCUCCAGCCAGACAGACAGCCACCCACAACCCACUAUCCGUAUUCCACCAGCCCUGCCAAACUGCUACCCUCAGGGGUCUUCAAUCUUGCGCCGAUGAACCCUGGCCCCUCAACACGUCCUUGACCCGCACGUCCCGGCCUUCAAUUGACUCUGGGUCCUUGGCUGGCACUGGCAAGCUUGGCAAGCUAGGAGCGAAUACCACUCGUCUGAUUGGCACUCGUUCAGGUACGCGGAGCCUGCUCCUCUUUGCGGCUUGCGAUUUGCGGCGUCAGCGUGCUCUUCCUUUUUCUCAAUCCCAGUUCGAUGCUCGAUGCUCGAUACUCGAUGAAGCGGCCAUAUCUGCCAGCAAGGAAGCAACACGCAGCUGUAACUUUCAAUCUCUGGAGGGCAGCGGACUGGAUGCCGACAUACGUACCGGCAACCGGCCCUUGAACCGGCGCAACAUGAUGACAAUCAAGGGACCCUCGCAUUGCUCCUGCAUCGAGUGCCUAUCCUCCCCCAUCACGGAUGCUGGACCGGACGGCGGAUACUCACACAACCACCUCUUCCCAUGUUCGAUGUUCAGGCUCUCACAUCUCAAGUCACUCAGUAAUCUGGCUUUGGCCAAGCCAUCAAUGACUAUGAACACGCGUCUACCUAUGGCUCUGGAUCUGACUGGCCCAUUGGCGGCACUGGCCAGCCUGCAGGACUGGCCCUGCAACACCAACUGCCUUAGCCCAAAAGGGGAACCAUCCUAUUCCUGUUUCCUUUUUGCCUUUAUCUCUGGCCCAUCCUCGGACGGCUAG